AUGAAUAUGAAUGACGAAGAAUGCGAUUACGAGACUAAACGCAAACAAUGGCGUAGAGGAGAGACUCCCGAAGACAUUCAAACCGAAUGUCGUAAUCUUUGUUCCCAAUAUUUAGGCGGCAUUUGGUCUGAAAUAAGUGAAAAUCAACUGAAUAUUAGACGAAUUACGGGUGGAUUCACUAAUCAGAUAUACUAUUGCGGUCUCUCUUCUCAAUGCGCGACAAUAGGGAACGAACCACAAGAAGUUGCGGUCAAAUGUUAUGGCAAAAAAUGGAUUUCAAAUUACACAGAAAACGAUCGUUUCAAUGAUAUUGUCAUCAAUUUGUUGGCAGCGAAACAUAAUUUGGGUCCAAAACAGUACGCGUUCUUCAGUCGUGGAAAUAUAGAGGAAUAUAUUAAAUCUCAUUCAUUUGGUCUGAAAGAGGAAAGUGAUGGUAAAUAUGUGGACAAACUGUCGCGAAUGUUGGCUACAUUUCAUUCAAUGGAUGUCCCGAUUGCCAGAAACGAGAACUGGUUUUCAAAGUUUUUGGACGACUUUUAUACGAAAGCAUAUGAAUUGUUUCCAUUGACUGAAAUGUUUAGAGAAGUGAAUGCAACCACUCUUUUGAAUACUAAUUUAAAAGAUGAGAUCAAUUGGUUGAAGAAGUGUCUGAAGGCAACCAACAGUCCUCUUGUAUUUUCACACAAUGACUUCAGAGGACCCAAUAUAAUGGUCAGAGAGAUUGACCAAAACAACGACAAUUCAAUAGCUAUUGCUUUUUGCGAUUUUGAAUAUUCGUGUUAUUCUUAUCGGGGCUUUGAUUUUGGGGCUAUUUUUGAAGACUGGGGCAGAACUGAUGCCCAAGAAGUGUGUGGAAGGGUUUCUGAUUUAGAAAUCGAACAGUUUAUGAUCGGUUACCAUGAUGAAAAUAUUAAAAUACAUGGACUGAUGAAAUGCCUUAUAAUAAUACCAAACAACAAAUUUUGCAAAGAGCGGAUCAACGACUUCGACAUUAUCUCCACUUGAAAUCUAAAUAUAUAGCGGAGGGACUCAUUUGCUCAGCACUUGACUAACACAAU